AUGGCGACGAAAACGCAACAGAAUUUUGAUCCUCCUAGUUCGGCAAGCUCUGAAAGCGGAGCGGAAAGUGAAGAUGUUUUCACAAAUAAAGUGGAAGACAUUCAAGAUGAACCUUUUUAUUUUUCUGACAUUACUUCAUCACCUGCCGUUCAACGAACCCCAUUAGCUAAAGCUCCUCAUUUUAAGCGUGUUCCAUGGGUCACACUUUUGAGUAUGGAUUCGUUUUAUAAAGUACUUAAUGAGAAGCAGCAUGAGCUGGCUGCUAGGAAUGAAUAUAAUUUUGAUCAUCCUGAUGCAUUUGAUUUUGAUUUACUAAUACAGACCUUACAAAGACUGAAAGAAGGAAAAAAAGUGGAAGUUCCUAUUUAUGAUUUUAUUACUCACUCUAGGCAAGCUCAGACUAAAACAAUGUACGGAGCAAAUGUAGUGAUAUUCGAGGGAAUUUUAGCAUUUUAUCAUCCCGAUGUUUUAAAGAUGUUAGAUAUGAAAGUUUUUGUUGAUACUGAUCCAGAUGUGAGGUUGGUUAGAAGGUUGGAACGUGACAUAUCAACAAGAAAACGCGAUUUAGAAGGCGUUCUUAAGCAAUAUAUGGAUAUGGUAAAACCUGCAUUUUGUUUUUAUAUCGCUCCAAGUAUGGUUCAUGCCGAUUUGAUUGUACCCAGAGGAGGAGAGAACACUGUUGCAAUAGAGCUAAUUGUACACCACGUUCAUACACAAUUACAAUUGAGAGGUUUUAAACUUCGUGAAGAGCUUGUGAGCUCUUACAUAGGUCAACCACUACCCAAGUCUUUACACUUGUUGCCAAGCACACCUCAAAUAUUAGGCCUUCACACAUUUAUUAGAAAUAAAGAAACUCAAAGAGAUGAAUUUAUAUUUUAUUCUAAGAGACUAAUCAGACUAGUCAUUGAAUUUUCUUUAUCACUGUUACCAUUUGAACAAAUUCACGUGGAAACGCCCCAGGGAAGUUCUUACGCGGGUAAAAGAUGUGCUUCGACAAAAAUUUGUGGCGUUUCCAUUCUGCGAGCUGGUGAAACGAUGGAACAAGCCGUACGUGAUGUAUGUAAAGACAUUCGAAUCGGUAAAAUAUUAAUUCAAACCAAUCAAGAAACAUGCGAACCGGAACUUUACUAUCUAAGACUUCCGAAAGACAUAAAAGAUUAUAAAGUUAUUUUAAUGGAUGCCACCGUGGCAACCGGAGCUGCCGCCAUUAUGGCAAUUAGAAUUUUACUCGAUCACGAUGUUCCUGAAGAAAAUAUACUUUUAGUUUCGUUACUCAUGGCCGAAAUAGGAGUGCACUCGGUGGCAUACGCUUUUCCGAAGGUGAAAAUAGUAACUUCCGCUCUGGAUCCUGAAGUCAAUGAUAAAUUUCACGUUCUUCCCGGGAUAGGGAAUUUCGGUGACAGAUACUUUGGUACCGAACCUUCCGGUCAAUGUUCUAACGGCCAAUAA